ACUGCGCGCCACCGGGCAGUCGCCGUGAAGGGGAGCCAAGAUGGCGGCCAACGUGGUGCGGAGGGGCGCGUGGGGCUCGGCGCGCAGGUUUGGACUGGUUGCCUACCGAAAGUACAGCAGUGGGGCUAGCUAUCCCAGCAUCCCCCUGACAACUCCUCUGCCGGGGGUUCCUAAACCCAUCUUUGCAACAGUUGAUGGCCAGCAGGGAUUUGAGACAAAAGUCAACACCCUUGAGAACGGGUUGCAGGUGGCUUCCCAAAAUAAAUUUGGGCAGUUCUGUACUGUUGGAAUCCUUAUAAAUUCAGGAUCAAGAUACGAAGCAAAAUACAUCAGUGGCAUUUCCCAUUUUCUGGAAAAGCUGGCCUUUUCUUCUACAGCUCAGUUUGGCAGCAAGGACGAGAUCCUUCUCACGCUGGAAAAACACGGUGGCAUUUGCGAUUGUCAAGUGUCAAGGGACACUACGAUGUAUGCCGUUUCUGCAGAUGCCCGAGGCCUUGAUACAGUGGUCAGUUUGCUGGCGGACGUGGUGCUACAGCCCAGAUUAUCAGAGGGGGAGAUUGAGAUGACCCGGAUGGCCGUUCGCUUUGAGCUGGAGGAUCUGAACAUGAGGCCUGACCCAGAGCCUCUGCUGACAGAGAUGAUCCAUGCGGCAGCUUACAGAGAAAACACGGUAGGACUGAACAGAUUCUGUCCGCCCGAGAACAUAGAGAAAAUCGACAGGGACGUUCUCCAGUCAUACAUGAGGAAUUACUACACGCCUGACAGGAUGGUGCUCGCUGGAGUGGGGAUUGAACACGAGCAUCUGGUAGAGUGUGCCCAGAAGUACCUCCUUGGAGCUGAGCCAGUGUGGGGGAGACAGCGAGCCACGGGGGUGGACAGGUCGGUCUCCCAGUACACAGGAGGAAUCCUCAAGCUCGAGAAGGACAUGUCUGAUGUGAGCCUGGGGCCCACGCCCAUCCCCGAACUGACCCACAUCAUGAUUGGGCUGGAGAGCUGUUCCUUUCUGGAGGAAGACUUUAUCCCCUUUGCUGUCUUGAACAUGAUGAUGGGAGGAGGCGGCUCUUUCUCAGCUGGUGGGCCUGGCAAAGGCAUGUUUACUCGGCUGUAUCUCAACGUCCUCAACCGCCAUCACUGGAUGUAUAAUGCCACUUCAUACCAUCACAGCUACGAGGACACAGGCCUCCUGUGCAUCCAUGCCAGUGCAGAUCCCCGACAGGUUCGAGAAAUGGUGGAAAUACUCACUCGGGAGUUCGUCUUAAUGGCAGGAGCAGUGGGAGAGGUGGAACUGGAGCGAGCCAAGACCCAGCUGCAGUCCAUGCUGAUGAUGAACCUCGAGGCUCGGCCGGUUAUUUUCGAGGAUGUUGGGAGGCAGGUGCUGGCCACGGGCAUGAGGAAGCUGCCCCACGAGCUCUGUGCCCUUAUCGGCAAAGUGAGCGCAAACGACAUCAAGAGGGUGGUGAUCAAGAUGCUGCGAAACAAGCCAGCGGUGGCUGCACUGGGGGACUUGUCAGAGCUGCCCAGCUACGAACACAUCCAGGCAGCGCUGGCCAGCAAGGACGGGCGGCUCCCCAGGGUCUAUCGGCUGUUCCGUUAGUGCUGCGGCUGCAACAGCCUCAUGCUCGGGUCUCUCCUGGGACUGGGGUUUCCCUGCGGGCAAGAUGGUCAGCCUGGCUCAGUGCCAGCCUCCUCUGGGCCACGUGGAGCAGUUCAGGCAUGGCUGCUCAAGCCCCUUUGGCCCUGGCAGUAGACUUUUCUGCCGAAAGAGGCUGCCUCGGCACCAUCUGCAAAAACACUCACUGAUGAGAAGAGGGGCUGCCUCAGCUGGUGGGAAACAGCCUGUUGUUUUGGGAUCUCAAGGUUUCUAGCCACAUUGAUUUGUCUUAAAAAUCAGGUGACUGGCAAGCGAGAGCCAGAGCAAUGUUGCUGUCCAGGGCAGAGAAAACAAAUUAACGUGUUCAAGGUCAGGUGACCUGGCAUGUCUUGAUUUUCACACAGCUGGAACGAUUUCCAAACCUUGUAUUAAAAAUGUGUCUAGUAAAAUGUUCCUUGCUCACAA